CGUCCUUAAAGACUUACACCGCAGAGGACAAACGUCUCCCCGGGCUGGACGCCGCCGCUCCAUCCGCUGGAACACACAACAACACGUGAGAGCUGUGACGUCAUACUGAGGCAUGAGAGAGUCACAGCCCAGAAUCAGCAGCAUCCUGGCCUCAGCGAUGGUCUCGAAGUUGGGCCCGCUCACCAUGCAGUAAACUCCCUCUCGGACAAAGUCACUGCAGCCGAGCUCCGAGCACACGUCCACAGUCAUCCGCCGCAGAUCCUUACUAUAGGCGUCCGACAUACACGGGAACCUGGUGCCGAAACUACAGAGAGAAAGACAGCGGGUGUUGUCCGGCGAACCCCGGCAGGUUGAUGUGGUCUUUGAUGAUCAUGAUGUCUCCAACUUUAAAGUCCGGACAGAUUCCUCCAGAGGCGUUUGUCACCAGCACAGACUCCACCCCCAUGAGCUUAAAGAUCCUCACCGGGAACGUCACCUGAGACAGGGAGACAGACAGACCCACGAGGCGAACCGAUACCCUUCCGGUUCCCAAACCAUGUCCAAACAGAAUGAGCUACUGCUGGCCCAAAAAAGGCUGAUGAAACCUUCUCCAGGAACCCGACAAAUCUACAUGGCAAGACCCUGAGGUACUCAAACUCCUUCACGUGGUGCAGCGACUCAAUCCAACCUGAAAGGAACAAUGCCGUGAUUUCCAGCAGAGAACCAGGACCGACUCUUUAUGACUGGGCUGUAAACGCUGUGCUACCUGGAGAUCCCGGUCUGAGGAAACCAACAGAAUCAGUCCCGAGGGGGGCCACCAGACCAGGCAAUGUGCCUUUAAUCUGCAGGUAUGUGAGGGGGGGGCGCUCCUCCUUCGGGCCGUGAAUCAGCUCGGAGCGGCUCUGCAGGAGGAGGAGAGUCAGUGCUGCGGCUCCGUCAGUCAGUAAACAGUCAGCAGCCUGACGGUCGGUAACCGACAGUAACGACAGUAACGGACCGUCAGAUGAUGAAGCUUCUUCAGCUCGGUGGUCACGUGACUUCUCGUGGAGGAUGGGCAGUCAGUGUUGAGCUACAGGAGGUCUGAGGUGAGGUGAAGGAUCAUGGGAGAUGGAGGCCCCCUGCAGACCGAGGGGAACGCCCUCCUAAAAGCCGUCUUCCAGGGGAAGCUGAGGCUGACCCGCCUGCUGCUGGAGGGCGGAGCAUACAUCAACGAGGGCAACGAGCGCGGAGAAACUCCCAUCUCCGCCGCCUGCUUAGCAAGCUAUGAUGACCUGCAGGCCCGGCAGAGGAUGGUGAGGUACCUGCUGGAGAAAGGCGCAGAUCCAAAUAUCCCCGACAAGAGCGGAAGAACGGCGUUGAUGCACGCCUGUGCGGAGCUGGCGGGGAAGGAGGUGGUCUCGCUGCUGCUGGAGAACGGAGCCGAUCCUAGCCUCAAAGACUACUCCGGCUCCUCCGCCCUCGUCCACGCCAUCAACAAGGGAGACCGCGACACUCUGCAGGUGCUGCUGGAUGCCUGCAAAGCUAAAGGCAAGGAGGUGAUCAUCAUCACCACUGAUACGUCUCCGUCGGGCACCAAGAAGACCAAACAGUACCUCAACGCCCCGCCCUCACCGGCCAUCGUGGACAAACUGUCUCCUGCCUGCAUGUCUCCCUCUGACGUGGAGAUUGGCACCUCCUCGCCGGCAGGACACAAGGAGGGGAUCUUCAGCUUUGCAGUUACCUCGGCUUUACCUUUACCUUCAACUCGGCCACCAGGAGAAAAGAGGCCGCCGCCACGCAAGUUGCUGAAGAGGCUGAACUCGGAGCCCUGGGGCCUGGUGGCACCUUCGGUGCUGAGCGGGGUCCCACAGGAGAGGGCUGACGGAGGCCUUGCGGAGGAGGGCAGCUGCGAUCUGAGCAGGACGAUCGCCGAGAUCAACGGCAUGUCCAUCACAGAACCGGCGAGACCGCUGUUGUCAAGGCGACACAGCAUUGAGACACACGACCCCUGCUCCCCCAAACUCAUUGACCGGUCCUGCUCCGAGGACUAUGCCGCCCUCUCCGGGUCCUCCUGGGCCGACAAAGUCCAGCAGCACCAGAUCCUGUACCGCAGGAACACGGCCCCGGAGUCCCAGGAGAAUGCCGUGGGGCCUGGGGCAGUCGCUGCCCGCGCCCUGGCUCACCCUAAACUGACUCGGAUGGAGCACUACGAGUCGGACACACACCUCUGCCCAGAAUCCAUCCCAGGGUCUCCGGACUCUGGACGGGUGUCAGUGGAGCGGAGGAGGUACAACGCCUCACCCCUGUCAUUGGUAACCAGCUCCUCCAGGGAGUCUCUGGAGAACAUCCCCAGCUCGGUGUCCCCCAGCAUGAUGCGCAGGCGUCCCCCCGGGCUCCUGGAACGCCGCGGCUCCGGAACACUCCUGCUAGAUCACAUCUCCCACACCAGGCCCGGCUUCCUGCCUCCGCUCAACAUCAACCCCCAGAGACCCAUCCCCGACAUCCGUGCCAACGGCAAGCCCACCUCCCCUGUCCACGCCGGGCACAAGAUCCUCGUCCCCAUGGCGCCUGCCUCACCCAAACGGGGCCCCGACUUCAAGAUGAAGAAGAAGCUAAUGAGAAGACACUCGAUGCAGACGGAGCAGAUGAAGCAGCUCUCCACCUUCCAGGAGAUCCUGGCCGAGAAGGUCGUCGAGUCCAACGGGGAUUGAUGAUAGGAGGCUUUGGAGCAAAGCAUGAUGGGUAGCGGCAGAGACUUUUAUGGUGGUGAUUUACUGUGAAGCUUCUCCAUCGGAUCAUCACCAUCUAAAACCACAGAGAGCUGCACUAUUAAAAAUUAUAAUAUCUGGGUCUUAUGUUAGUUUCACGGUUUAAACCAAAUUAAAUAUCAAUGUAACAAAAAUGUAGGAGUGCUACCUCUUAACAGACUAAAGACCACCAAACCUUUUCAGUCCAGACUAAAGACUUCUAGAUUUCCUCUGAUCCUUCACCGACAACAAAAGAAAUGAUGGAAACUAGAACCAAGACAAUGAAACAAACACAACUGUUUUUGACUUCUUUGGGUUAAAAUGUAUUUUCAGUUCCUGGUAACAGUGUUAACCUUUUCAUCACGUGUGUCAUUGAAGCUGGAUCAUUGAGAGAAGUUUGAUGUUGGUGCAGCUCUCCUGUUGACCCACAGGAAGCUUCCUGAACCAGUUUACAUAUUUUAUUCCCUGCAGUCACAAACUGAUGAACCUUGUUAGAUGUUUACAGAUGCACAAUUUGCACUGAGGUCCAUUUUUCUCACGGUGACGGAUGAAACCUGAAGUUGAACUGAUGACGGUGGACUCUGAAAUCAUCUUUUCAUGAAUGAAGCUAACGUAUUUAUUUGAAUCCAUUUAUAAGCUCCUGUUCUUAAGAAUGUGGUAACAUGUAAAACUACCUACUGCGCUGUAUGUACUGUAAUUAUCCAAUAUAGUAGUUGGUAUUUCUGUGAAUUAAUCUUUAUUUUACUGACAAUGUUUCUCACAGAGCUGAUAUUUGGAUCUGAUUUGUGUCGAGAUGAACUAAAACGUGCUUUUCUUGUUUAUCAAACUCCAAAGAAGUCGUAUGGACGAUUUGAACCAAAACCUGCUGAGACUGUAAAUACUGUAAAGAUGUGCAAUAGAGCCGGUGCUGUAAUGUUAAAGGCAGCCCCCACUUCCUGUCCUCAGUCAUCUCUGUGUGCACUACAGAGACCAGGGUUAGCUUAGCUUAGCACAAACACACAUGGAGACCAUGUUAAAGGGACAGUUCACUGCAGAAAUCAUGACGCAGGAAUCUGUUUAUAGAGCACUAACAGCUUACAUGCUAACAAGCUAGCACUAACGGGACUCCCUAAAACGUUUGAGGAUUCCCCCCCCCUGUCCACCAUGGGAUCUUAUUUUAUAAGAAGUGUGUUCAUAGUUAACAGCGAGAAACAAAUAAGGUUCUGAUCCCGUUUGAAUGGUCCCAUGAAUUACACACGUUUGUACAUUCAAAAGAUAAUUUAGUAAAGAAAGUUGCACUGCUAUCAGAGACUACCAUACAUAUCUCUUCAGAAUAAGAUCCCAUGGUGGACACAGGAAGGGACUUCACCUGCCAAUUGGCUACGAUAGCUUCCUCUAUUUUGGACUCUCCGUCCAGAGCUCCGCUCUGUCAGGGGGGCUUCUUAUUGGUCAACGUGGCAAAUUUAAGUGUCACAAUUCAGCGACAAAUAAAAGGUUUGCAGAAUUACCUUUUCCUUGUGAGUGAAU